UGGAGCAUGACAGCAGAUGAUAGUAUGUUUGACUUGUUUUGGUUUUUUUUGUUUGUUUUUCCUGAAGUUGUUAAAUAAGCUACAAAAGUAAUUUGAAGAAUGGUGGUGUCUAGAUCUCCGAAGAUGUUGUUUUCCACAUGGAAGAAAAUCACAAACAGAAACGCCGCUGUCCAAAUGAGUAUGGUUUCCUCUAGGAAUUUUUCAAGAUCACCUUUGCCAGGUAAUAAACAACUAGGUUUACAGCAAAACCAACUGAUCAGAAAAUAUCCGCAACCCGUUUUCGAGUCUCAUCCCCACUUGUUGAACAAUGGCGAGGUUACACCACUGAUUCACAAGGAUGAAUACAAAGAAAGACGUUCUAAAUUAAUGCAAAAAGUCUCCAAGCAGAGUGAUGGCUCAAAAGCCAAUCUCGUUGUAGUACAAUCAUCUUCAAAACUUUAUAUGUCAGGAAAAAUUCCCUAUGUUUUUAGGCAGGAUUCUGACUUCCUUUACCUCACGGGUUGUUUAGAGCCUGAUAUUGUUCUAUUAAUGAUCUCAGCCCCAGGGUCUGAUAAAUUUGAAUCUAUUGUUUUUAUCCCAAAAACAGAUUCUAAUACAGAAAUGUGGGAAGGUCCUAAGGCUGAUUUGGAAUUCUGCUUAAAUAUCCUUGGCAUUGAACAAGCAAAUUACCUUUCACAACUUGCCCCUUUUAUGUGCUCUUUUAUAAAGCAAAAUCAACUAAGUGGUGUACAAAUAUGGCGAGAUCCGGGGCGCUCAUUCCAAAUUGUCGAUGACGUUAUCAGUAAAAAAAGUGGAUCAAUAACCGCGCGGGAUAUUGUCCCGUUACUUCAUAACUUGCGUGUCAUCAAAUCGAAAUCCGAACAGGAGUUGAUGAGAAGAUCUUGUGCUAUUAUAGCCAGUGCCACAAUAGAGACCAUGAAGAUGUCACAGCCUUCGGUGUGUGAGUCCCAACUAUGGGCGUGUGUCGAGUACCAUAGUAGAAUGAAAGGCGCUCAGUAUUUGGCUUAUCCCCCUGUCGUUGCCGGUGGCGCUCGUGCCAAUACUAUUCACUACAUCAGCAAUAAUCAGUUGAUUAAUAACGGCGAAAUGGUUCUCAUGGAUGCCGGGUGUCAGUAUUACGGAUACACGAGUGAUAUGACAAGAUGCUGGCCUAUAAACGGAAAAUUUACGAGCUUUCAAGCAGAAGCGUACGAAGCGGUUCUUGAUGUACAAUUAGAUCUUAUACAAUUCUGUAAUGAGCGGCCACCCUUAGAUGUCCUUUUUCAAAGAAUGUGUCGUCAGUUGGGAAAAAACUUGCAGCAAAUUGGGUUUGGGAAGGAAGCCAAUAGUUGCGCUGAAAGGGCUCAGAUGGCGUAUUCGGUCUGCCCCCAUCAUGUUUCCCAUUAUCUAGGAAUCGACGUACAUGACACCGGUACGGUUAACCGGAAUAUCCCCCUAGAACCUGGCAUGGUGAUUACCAUCGAACCCGGGUUGUACGUGGAUCUCAAUCGCUCCAUAGCUCCGAAAGAAUUUCAUGGAUUAGGAUUGCGAAUCGAAGAUGACAUUUUAAUUACCGAAACAGGUAUAGAAGUGCUAACGCAAUCUUGUCCUAAAACAAUAUCUGAAAUUGAAAGUGUAAUGAGGUAAAAAACUGGAUUCUUGUAAAAGAUAUUUAGAUGAGUGCACUUUAAAUAGACGAUUCUAAGUCAGUUAAAA